GCCAGAAGUUUAUAAUUCACCUUCCAACAACCAAAAUGAUCCCGUCAAAUAUAUCACCAGUCAAUGGCAACCAUUCCACACCUGGCUUUCAUGGAGAUACCGUCGGAACUGGAAAUGAUCAAAUCUCACCAGAAGAACAACAAAGGAGUCAGUUAGAAGAUAAACUUGAACAAUUAUUACAGACGCUACUGGAAGUGGGAAUAUGUACGAGUGAUGUUCAAGAGAACGCUAGAGAAGGAGGUGGCGCAGGUAGAGGAGAGCCAUUUGGUUCAGGAGGAUUGGUUGGGAAGAAAAUAAAUGAGUCCAUCAACCUGAUGGCCGAACUAUAUGACAUCAACACUUCACUAACACCCGAGAUUCCAAUACCGAUGGAAGUAAUACAACACAUCGACCAAGGAACCAAUCCGGAUCGAUGGCUCAAGUCUUUCGUGGAGAGGGCCGCGCACGAGAACAUGUACACUAAUGGUAUUCUAUCGAAUUUCAAUGCAUACAAUACAUUGCUUGAAACUCAAUUGGCCCAGCACUUUCCAGAGCUGAGUGCCCAGUUCCAAGUGCCACAACCAACAGAUCAAAACGCUCCUAUCACUGAAGACACGCCAACCGGUACGAACAAUCCUUCUGUUUGAGAACCAUCUGGAAUUAUUGUUAUGGAUUAGAUUAUAUUAGGUACCCGCGACCUUUUAGGAUAAUAAUAUGUACUACUUUUGUUUCUUACUUUUUU